UUGGUUGUUUCUACUGAUAGUGAGGGACACCUGACUAAAAACUCUACAUAGACAUUAUAAAUGGUCCAUACACUCCCAUAGAGAUAGCACGUAGGCACAUCGGACAGACAGAGAGAGCUGAAUAAAAUCCCUAUUUAAAGAUGUUGACCUCUCGAGCACUCGUGCGCGGGCUGAAGAGCGGGUUUUGGAGACCACUUUCAUCUACCAGCAGCGUGCAGGCUGCUCAUGGAAAAGAUAUGAGCCCUGAUGUGCUUGACCCCUCAGUGCCACAGUACAACAACCGCCUAGACACUCCUCUCUCUGACGUCCCAUUCGUUAGGAACCUCAACUCAGAGCAGAGGCAGCUCAAGGAGAAGGAGAAGGGACCCUGGACCAAGCUCACCAAGGAGGAGAAAAUUGCAUUGUACCGUCUGACCCAUGAGCUGACCUACCCUGAGAUGAGGAGAGGCUCCAGUGAGUGGAAGACGGUACUGGGAGGGCUCUUCAUCUUCCUGGGCUUCUCUGGCAUGCUGGUCUGGUGGCAAAGGAUCUUUGUGUUUGGCGAGGUUCCACACACUCUGUCUGAUGAAUGGGUGGAGAAGCAGACCCAGAGAAUGAUUGACAUGAGGAUAAACCCCGUCGAUGGGUUCGCCUAUCACUGGGACUACGUGAAGAAGCAGUGGAAAUAGGAACUUGUGUGUAUAUGAGCUGUUUUUGUCACGUUAGUUCACUCUAAAUACAAAAUGAACAUGAUUUUGCCAGUUCCCUUGGUUGUCGUUAAAAGGUUAGUGGGAAAUCAUGUUCAUUUGUAUUUAGAGUGAACUAUCCUUUUAAGUGCCUCAGUAACAUUGCUCUCACUUUCAGGGCUGAACAUCUAUUCUUAUUUUAAGAUGGAUUAAUUCUAUAAACCAAAUAAACAUAUACUGUGACCAA